CUCUAGAGCCCCUGGUCUCUGCUGGCUGCAUUUCGAGGCUUGUUGUUGUCUCCGUUUCGCCCGGUUUUGGCACCUUUUGCUCGGCGGCUCGUCACGAUAUCCCGGAUUUGUCAGCUACCGUGGUGCAAUCGGCAUGAAGGCGAUCAGCCCUGGCUGCUCCCUCGGGUGAGAUAUCUGUUCCAUCCCAGAGCUGAGAAGCCCAGAGCUGCUGGUUCAGAAGCAAAGAACAAGUGGAAGAGGAGGGGAACGUGAAUCAACAUCUCAUGGAUCGUCACUAUUCGCAGGAAACAUUUUUACUGUAUCGCCCUCGCCAUUAUCAUUGAAACACUAACUCCAUGUCUCGGAGAAGAUGAGCAUCUUUCACUACACACUCUGAGAACUGGAUAAUUUAACAGCAGCCCAAAACUGACUGAACAGGUGUUGACGGACAAAGUGGGAAACACAACUUUUUAUUUCUGAACACCCCUUUUAAAGAUCUACUCUACGUUUGUCUGUGUACUGUUGGAGUUCGAGUUGCUAAUAGACCUUUUGCUUCCUCCACGCCCCCUGCCUCUCGCCAAGGACCGUCGCCUGGCUGGGAGUGGGUGGAGGGUGAACGUGACUUUACCGGGUGGAAGCUUGGUUCAGUGGGUUUUUGCUAUGGUUAGCUGCUCCCAUUCGUGCUGCUCAUACUCAGCUUCUGAGGGACUUUCUGUUCGACCCCAGGAUAAGGGAUAGUAAGCAGGGAGAGGGCAAAGAGGAGGAGGAGGCGGCGCUACGGCGCAGGCCAGGUAUUUCCUCGCCUUACAGUCCCUAUUGUUUGUCAGCUGCCAUUGCAGUAAGGCCACACGGCCUCUGCACCUACCCAGGCUGCAGCCAUGGUGAAACUGGCAAACCCAAUGUACACCCAAUGGAUCCUAGAGGCCAUCAAGAAGGUCAAGAAGCAGAAGCAGCGACCGUCAGAGGAGCGCAUUUGCAAUGCAGUCUCCAUGUCCCAUGGUCUGGACCGCAAAACGAUUCUCGAGCAGCUAGAGCUCAGUGUCAAGGAUGGAACAAUCCUAAAGGUCACGAACAAAGGUCUAAACUCCUACAAGGACCCUGAAAACCCUGGACGCUUUGCUCUGCCCAAGUCUAAAGGUGGUGGCAGCUCUGAAAGAGGUGGGGGAGGUGGCAGCAGUAGUGGCUGUGGCAGCUCUCACUCCUACUCUGGGAAGAAACCGGGACUCGACUGGAACAAGCUGAUCAAGCGGGCACUGGAGGGGCUCCAUGAGCCUGGUGGCUCCAGCUUAAAGAACAUUGAGCGCUUUCUUAAGUGCCAGGCUGAUGUGGCGGCCUACUUGUCGGGCAGCGGCUCCAUGGGGCCUGGCCUCUUCCACCAGCACCUGAGGGUGGCCUUGAAAAGGGCAGUGGCCCAUGGACGUGUGGUUAAGCAGGGUCCAAUGUUCCAGCUCGUCAGCCGCAGCAGCUCCCAGGACGAUGGGACCGGAACAGUGUCACUGGGAUCACUACCACCUGUACGGUUGAUGCCUCACGAGAAAGACAAGCCUGUGGCAGAGCCCAUCCCAAUCUGCAGCUUCUGCUUGGGCACCAAGGAGCAGAACCGCGACAAGAAGCCAGAGGAGCUCAUCUCCUGCGCUGACUGUGGCAACAGUGGCCACCCGUCCUGUCUCAAGUUCUCCCCAGAGCUCACAGCGCGUGUCAAGGCUCUGUGGUGGCAGUGCAUCGAAUGCAAGACUUGCAGCAGCUGUCAGGAUCAAGGAAAGAAUGCGGACAACAUGUUGUUCUGCGACUCCUGUGACAGGGGGUUCCACAUGGAGUGCUGUGAUCCUCCCCUCACGCGGAUGCCAAAAGGCAUGUGGAUUUGUCAAAUCUGCCAACCCAGGAAAAAGGGAAAGACGCUUUUACAUGAAAAGGCAGCACAAAUCAAACGGCGCUACAGUGCACCGCUGGGACGGCCCAAGAACAGGCCCGGGCGGCCCUUCAAGAAACUUGGGCGUGGUCGGCGGAAGCGUUCGGUCUCGGCCAACUCGUCCUCCAGCUCCUCCUGCGAAGGUUACCCCGGGGACGAUCGGCUGCUCUUUUCGAUGCGGGACGACGACGACCUUUCACAGAGCGGCCUGCGCUUCAAUAACAAGACCAAGGGCCUCAUCGACGCCCUCACAAAGUUCUUCACACCGUCACCCGAGGGCCGCAAGGCACGACAGGAAGUGGUGGACUACUCCCAGCAGUGCCGCAUCCGUAAGAAAGCCAAUCGCAAGGGAGAAGGAGAUGACAGGGGGGACAAUCAGGAAGGCAGUGACUGGCGUGACGAAGAUGAAAAACUACCCGGCCACGAGAACCUGACGGAAAAAGACAUUGAACUGUUUCGACAAAUCCAGGAGUUGGCACUGCAGAAAGUCGGGGUGACGGGUCCACCAGAUCCUCAGAUGCGCUGUCCGUCAGUUAUUGAAUUUGGCAAGUUUGAAAUCCAGACGUGGUAUUCAUCUCCCUACCCCCAGGAGUACAGCAGGCUACCCAAGCUCUACCUGUGCGAAUUCUGCCUGCGCUACAUGAAGAGUCGCAGCAUACUCUACCAGCACAUGAAGAAGUGCAACUGGUUCCACCCUCCUGCCAACGAGAUCUACAGGAAGGAUAACGUCUCUGUAUUUGAGGUUGAUGGGAAUGUGAGCACCAUCUACUGUCAGAACCUGUGUCUGCUGGCCAAGCUGUUCCUGGACCACAAGACCCUCUACUACGACGUGGAGCCCUUCCUCUUCUACGUCCUGACACAGAACGACGGCAAAGGCUGCCACCUCGUCGGCUACUUCUCAAAGGAGAAGCACUGUCAACAGAAAUACAACGUAUCAUGCAUCAUGAUUCUUCCACAGUACCAGCGCAAGGGCUACGGACGCUUUCUCAUAGACUUCAGUUACUUAUUAUCAAAGCGUGAGGGACAGCCUGGAUCUCCAGAGAAGCCUUUGUCGGACCUGGGUCGGCUGUCCUACAUGGCCUACUGGCGCAGCGUGGUGCUGGAGUGUCUCCACGAGGUCCGUGACCGGCAGAUCUCCAUACGACAGCUCAGCAAACUGACGGGGAUCUGCCCGCAGGACAUCACCACCACCCUGCACAGCCUCACCAUGCUGGAGCAGCGAGGAGAGAGACUCGUCCUGGUGCGAAGGGACAAGCUGGUGACGAAUCACAUGAGUCGUCUGAAGGCUCGGCCGCGGCAGCUGGAGGUCGACCCCGAGUGUCUGCGCUGGACUCCCGUCAUCGUCACCAACACCGUGGUCUCUGACGCUGAUGGAGACGAUGAUGACGAGGAGGAGGACGAAGAACCCAAGAAAGACAUCCACAAGGAGAUAAAACCAAUUCACAAGGUCCCUCCAAUGUCCUGGCACAUGCGCCAACGGAAGAAAAGGGAGCAGGAGGAGGAAGAGGAGGAGGAGGACGACGAGGAUGAUGAUGAUGACGACGAUGAUGAAGAAGAGGAAAGGAAGGGCUUUUUGGGGUUUCCCAUUGGCCAGAGCUCUCCAACGUCCCCUCCCAUCCGCUGUCCACCCCCUGUCCAAGAACCCCCACGCCCCCCUCCCCCAGCCAACGGUGAACGCAGACCCCGGGGACGCCCACCCAAAAACUGGCCUUGGGGCAAAGUGAAGGACAGCCCGAGACUUGGAAGGCCACCUAAGAUCCGGCCUGUGGAGGAUGAUGACGAUGAAGAUGAGAGAACAGAGGGAGGAAAAGCCACCGGCUCUGCCACCGGCCCCCCCUCCCUUUUCUCCCUGGACAGACAGGAGUCCACAGCCUUCCACUCACUGGACAUGGCCCGGCACCCCUCCAUCACCCCCGCACGGAGAGGGCGGCCCCCGCGGAAAAAGACCGGUCCGAAGCCCAGAGUGAGUGAUGGCCCUGGGGAGGGGCUGGCCCAGCUCCCUUUGGUUUCCAGGUUAAAUGAGGCUCCGCCCGUCCGGAAGAGCUGCUUCAGUGAAAGCAGUGAAGAGGAGGACGAUGACGAUGAUGAUGAAGACGACGAUGACAGGAGAGCAUGCUCCCCGCCCGUCCUCACUAAGCCUGCUAUGGGGCUCAAAUGCAAGAAGCCUCUGAGAAAACGCCGCUUCCGCCAGCGCAGCCACCCCCACAGCAGCGUGGUAACAGAGACCAUCUCCGAGACCACCGAGGUCCUGGACGAGCCCUUCGUAGACUCCGACUCGGAGAGGCCUAUGCCCAGAUUAGAGGAGGAGACGCCACUGGGCCACCCGCUGCGCCGUUACCCCCCCGCUCGCUCUGCAUUGAGGUUGUCCGACCCAGCACCCAAAAGAGGCCGGCACUCCAACCUCUCAGAUUCAGAGGAAGAUGAACUCACACCUGUGCUGAAGCCAGUGGCUGAUCUGACAGCAACUCCAUCAAAUCCCCUGGCAGCCAACUCUGACGUCCCGUUGAAGAAGAAGAAAGGCUGGCCCAAAGGAAAGAGCCGCAAACCACUGCACUGGAAGAAACGGGGACCUGGUCGACCACCUGGGGGCGGGUCCAGGGCUGCAGAGAGCCAGGCCUUAAGCGGGGAUCCCCCACCCCCUAAAAUCAAGAUGAAGCCGGGCCGCAAGCCCCGCAGCUGGUACCUGCAGCGGGCCCAGGAAGAGGCCGAGAGGCAGGAGCAAGAAAGACAAAGGCCGUUGGAGCAGCAGCUGGACAAAGACCCUCAGCUGCUCCAGAAGGACGAUCGCAAGCGAGUCUUAACCAGCACGGAGAGGAACCCCAAACACAAAGACUCCGACGAAGAGGACGACUACCUCCCUAAGCCUGUUGAGCAGAAGGUGCCCAAGAGGAGAGGGAGACCGCCCAAGAACCGCAACCUCUGCCAGCCGCCACAGCCCGCCCCCAAACCCCCUCCUCCCUCCGAGCCAGAGGAGGAAGAGGAGGAGGACGAAGAGGAAGAGACUGAAAGAGCCUGGGAGGAGGACAAGCCCAGCCGUCCACUGUCCCGUCCCCUGCUGUCCCCGUCUUCCUCCUCUUCCACAUCAGGGCCCCGGGCCCCGCAGUCCCGGCCCCAGGACACAGACAUGGGCGACAGGGAGGAAGAGGAUGAUGAUGAUGAGCGGGAGGAAGAGGAGUGUGGCAGUAUGGGCAGCGGUGGCGGGAGCAUCAACCGACGAGCAGCCGUCACUCCAGGAAGCAGGCGCAGUGAAGACCACGAUGCAGACGAUGAAGGCGACGGACACUUGGAGGAGAAGAGCAGCAGCAGCAACAACAGCAGCAAGAAAAGAAAGAGUCAGGACUCUGAAGAGGACGAAGACGAUGAAGACGAGGAGGAGGAGCCUGCCUCCCGGGCGAGCUCUCCCCCGGUCAAAGAAGAACCCCAAGGCGGAGAGGCUUUUUUAGACACGGAGAGCAGCGCGGCCCGGGACUAUGUCAGCAAACAGGAGGAGGAAGAAGAGGAGGAGGAGGAGGAGGCUGAAGAGGAGGCGCAGGACACCAAGUGCCGGCCCCCCUCGGCCGACCCGCAGCAGGAGGAGCGGCGGCGCCGAGAGCAGGAGGAGUCGGCUGCGGCGGCGGCGGCGGUGGAGACGGUCACGGCCAUGUCCGUCCCCCCCGAGCCCCUGGAGCUGCAGCCGCUGCACCCGGACGACAAGGACGUCACGCUGCUGAUGGAGCCGCAGCACACACACUCCCACCCCCACCAGCACUCUGAGUUCAAAGAGGAGCUGGGCCACCACCACCCGCACCACCCGCACCACCACUCCAACGAGCUGGACCUGGAGACCAUGCAGGCGGUCCAGUCCCUGACCCAGGGGGAGGCCCAGGACGAAGAGGCCGAGCCCCAGCCGCACCACGGGGCGUACCAGGACUGUGAGGAGACCCUCGCCGCCUGCCGGACCCUGCAGAGCUACAGCCACACGGGGGAGACGGAGGAGGAGGCGCUGGCCUUGGCGGAGGAGUGUGGAGCCUCCCAGCACAGCAGCCCCCUCCCGAACCCCCCGGUGCAGCCCCUCCCCGGUCAGUCUGUGCGCUCUGUGAACAGCCCGGGGUUGCCCUCGGGUAUCAUGGACACAACGUCAGCCGGGCAGAGGGGGGGGACACCACUCCCCCCCGGAGCAGGUGGAGGUGCUGGAACCGGCUACACCCAAAUCACCCCGGAGCACCCCGGCUCUCUGUCCGCCCCGUCCCAGCAGAACAUGGAGACAUCGCCCAUGAUGGACGUGCCGUCGGUGCCGGACCACUCGCAGCAGGUGGUGGACAGCGGCUUCAGCGACCUGGGCAGCAUCGAGAGCACCACGGAGAACUACGACAACCCCAGCAGCUACGACUCCACCAUGGGGGGGGGGAGCAGCGGGACCGGCACCGGGGGCAACGGAGGAGGGAUGUCAGCCGCGGCCGUCACAGGAGCCUCCACCGCUUCGUCCUCUUCAGCCUCCUCUUCCUCCAGCUCGGCCCCACCCUCCUCCUCCUCCUCCUCCUCCUCCGCCUCCCAGUCCAACAGCUGCUCCUUUGUGCCGGCCCCCCCCCUCACAUCACCCACGGGUAGCGGAGGGUCCCAGCUCGCGAUGGGCGGCUGUGGCCUCAUCCAGCAAACAGGACCAGGGCCCAACAGUGGGCCGGGAGCCGGUAACGUAGGCAGCGGCGUGCCCCAGCCCCCACCACCCCCACCCCAAUCCAACACCCCCAGCUGUGGCAUUAAGUCCCCUCAGAGCUGUGGUGUGAUCGAAAGACCUCCCAGCACCAACCAGCAGCAGCAGCAACAACAACAACAGCAGCAACAACAACAACAACAACAACAGCAGCAACAACAACAACAGCAGCAGCAGCAGCAGUCCCAAAAGAAGGUUCCUCAGCAGCAGCAAGCCCCCAACCCUCCCCCCUCAGCACCGCCUCCACCACCGCACCAACAGCAGCAGCAGGCCUUGUCCCAGUGCAGUAUGGGUAACGGCUUCGCCUCCACGCCCAUGAUCAUGGAGAUCCCUGAGAGCGGCGGCGGAGGAGGAGGCCGCACCCUCUACGAGCGCAUGGGUCAGGACUUCGGCACCGGGGGUUACCCUCAACCCUCUGCCACGUUCAGCCUGGCCAAACUCCAGCAGCUCACCAACACCAUCAUGGACCCGCACGCCAUGCCCUACUCCCACUCGGCCUCGGUCACCUCCUACGCCACCAGCGUCUCCCUGUCCAACCCGGGGCUGGCCCCUUCCCCCCACACGCCCCUCCCCCAGGGCCAGCCCACCAUGACGCCGCCUCCCAACCUCAGCUCCGGCUCCAUGAACCUCGGCUCCUUGCAGCUGCAGUGCAACAUGCCCGGCUCCAACAUCGGCCUGGGACCCCCGCCGCACACCCAGAGGCUCCAGGGCCAGAUGGCGACGGUCAAGGGCCACAUCUCCAUCCGGUCCAAGGCCACCCAGCAGCUGGCCCCGGCCCCCCACCAGCAGCAGCUCUACGGCCGCAGCUCCGGGGCCAUGCAGGGCACGCCACGCACCCUGGCCGUGCAGCGCGGCAUGAUGCCAAACCUCAUGCCCACCCCGGCGCAGUACAACUCCAUGAACAUGACGCCGCUGAACGCCAUGUCGGCCGGCUACCGAAUGCCCCAGCCCAUGAUGAACAGUGGUUAUCACGGCAACCCCCCUUACAUGAACCAGUCCGCUCAGUACCCCAUGCAGAUGCAAAUGGGCAUGAUGGGAGGGCAGGGUUACCCCCAGCAGCCUAUGCAGCCCAAUCACCACGGCAACAUGAUGUACACUGGCCCCUCCCAUCACAGCUACGCUGGUGUCCCAAAGCAGUCGCCGUACAUGAGUAGAUGAGCAGCCAGGACCUGAAAGAGGAGGCACUAGGCCAGAGCUGAUUCUCGCUGUACUCUAAAUGUCAAAUGCUCCUGUUCACCCUCUCCGGUGCCUCAGCCGGUACCGGGGGGGGGAAAGCGCCUGAAAGAAACCGAGAGGGUCUUUAGGGGGUUCCUGUUUUUUCUAUGUUGAGAUUUCGUCCCCUUUUAUUUGGGCUGGUCUCCCCUCCCCUCCCAGCUGGCUGUGUACGGGAGCAAGUCUGCAGGGUUUCUGGCGCGGGGGUGUGUGUACACGGACCACGACACGUGCCGCGCUGCUUCGUGUCGGGCGAACACACGUCGGCAAACGUGGCUUCACACAGACGCAGGAGACUCCGCCUCCUCAUCAAGUGCAGGAGGAGAGCCGGGGGGAGUACAAGAAACAACGAGGAGAGAUAAAUCAGGAGCACCUUGCUUUGUCGGACUGCGAAUGAAAAACUGAAUAUAUUCAAACAUGCACACAAUCUUUUAAUUCAAAUAGGAAGCCUUACCUUGAAAAAAAGAAAGACAGUGAAACAUAGUAGGCGGACUCUUGUCUUGUUUUGUUUCGUUAAACAUGAUGUUAAAUCUUAUUUUUGUUGUCGAUGUUUCUGUUGAUUGUUUUUUUUAAAAUACUUGUGUGCAGUCAGACCUCUUAUAUGCUUUGGUCUUUAUAUGUGCAGUGAUACACUCGUGCUCUCUCGGAAAUACCCAAACAUCUCUGCAGGCCACCGGGUCACACGGCUUUUCACCUGGUUCCAGAAAAGCAAAGGAGCGGGACCUCCGGUGUGCGAGCUGUUUGUUUUUUUUAGAGUCUUUGUCUUCCUGGAACGGACAGUGUUGUUGUACCUAAAACACAGCAAAGACACAGGAGGAGACGAGCGCGUUAUUGUCCAUUUUAUGUCCAUAAAUAAAAUAAGUAGCAUUAUUUUCCAGUUUACCGCCGCUCUGAAAACGUUUAGAUGUAAAUAUUCUGGUACUUCCCAAUAUCCAGCACACACAAACACACACACACACAGGCUAGCUGUCGCCAACUGGUGGCUGGCUCAGGAAGCACUCAGCUGUUCCACACUCCACUGACAGACGGUGUACAACGUCAGCCUUUUUUUUUUUUUUUUUAGCAGUUUAGGAAAUGCAGAACAACCAGUGGGAUUCCCAUUGGACUGCUCUAAAGGAAAUUAUAGCUGACUUCCCCUCCUUAAGUGUUAGUGACCCAAAGAGGUCGAGGAGUCUGCUUUUGAAUGGUGUAUUCUGUUGAAACUGUAUUUUUUUUGUUGUUUCUUUUUUGCAAAAAUCUGCACUCCCAUUGGCUAGAAACGUGGCAGUAAGACAGUAUGCCUUUUAUAAAAGGUGUGCCUAAUUGCCUGAUCUAGUGCAUGGACUGGCCCUCGUAUAGAGAGGCACACUCUACACAUGAAAGCAGGGUCAGAGGUCAGAGGUGAGUUAGUGUUCCGAGGUCCUGUCGGCUCUGGAGGUGAACGGUUGACCUUGUCGCUCCAUGUACCAGUAUUCAAAGUCAAAAGAGGAGUUUUCGUUUUUCUUACAGACGUGACACUGCAUACUUCAGUUGUGUGUAUUGUUCUGUUCUGUACUUCCUUUUUGUUGUGUUUCUUUCUGAAUUUUAUCAGACUGGGCAGCUUUCUUUUAUGACACAAGCUGACUCUUUUUGACUUUAGAAAAACCUAUUGUAGAGAAAAUGUUUUUUCUAUAAUAUAAAAGGAAAUUCUGACAUUGAUAUUGGUACUGUCAUUUUUUUCACUUAUGUUUCAGGAAAAAAAAACAAUACAUAUUUUUUAGCUCGCCUCUUGGGUAAUACUUACUAAGAAAUUCAAAAUUUAAAAAAAUUACCACUCACUUUUAGUGACUUUAAGAUGCCUUUAACCUCUCCAUUCCAUCUCAUCUCUAGAGUUUUUCUAUCUUUGUGUAGUAUAUUAAUGCUAUUUUAAACAAAAGGACUACAAAUAUCUAAAGGUCACUUGGCAUUCUUUUUUUUUUACUACUUGUGUGUGUAUAGGAUGACUUCCUUACAUUUAAGAGGCAUGUAAAAAUGAGCUCAGUAUAUUUCUGUCUGUUUAUAUCGCUUCCCUUUUUGUAUCCUUUGUAAUUGUACAUGUUGCGUUGUAUGCUAAGAGAUGGCGCAAAAUAAAGAGGCGUGACAGCUGGGCAAACAGUGAAGGUUGUUUUGCGCCCAGCAGCCUCAACUCUCGACUCUGUCCCUGUAUGUAUUUCCAUUUAUUCGUUUUUUUUUUUGUUUUUUUUCUUAGCAAGUACUUUCAAAGAACUCUGUACAUUUUAACAUAAAAUGAAAAUAAAUUAUGUUGAGCCAU